AACAAAAAAAACAAAAGAAUUAAAGACACAUUUUUGACAGCGAAAAGUAGACGAAAUUAUACAGAAAGCAUAAAAUAUAAAAAUGUCAUCGACGCCAGCUGAAGAAAUUGAAUUGUUGGAACGGGUGCUCCUGCGUUUGGGUUGCGCAGACAGCGAUGAAAAGUUGGAGGCUAUUGUUGGGCGCUUUCUGACGCCGGUCAUACUGAAGAUCACCUCACCAAACGAUGCAGUACGCACAAAGGUUGUUGAAGUGCUGACGCAUAUUAAAAGACGUGUCACAUCCCGACCGCUGGUGCAAAUACCCGUGGAGGCUUUGCUAGACCAAUAUUCAAAUUCUGGCAAUUCACCAUUUUUGCUCAAUUUUGCUAUAAUCUUUAUUACAAUGGGGUUUCCGCGUUUGAAUAUCGAACAACAAAGCAAGUUGGUGCCCAAGGUGCUUGCUAGCGAGGAGAAACUUGAGAAUUAUCGAGACAAACUGUUCAUGCUUGUACUGCCGAUUUUGGGUGACAUUAAGUUUCCAGACGAUCCAGCGCGUAUAAAUGAGGUUUUAAAAUUAGACGAUAAGCCAGCUAUACGUAAAUGCUUCCUGCAGCUACUACAAGACGUCUUAUUGCUGCCCUAUGGCGUGACACAAGAUCAAGACGUACCGCCCGGCAUGAGUCCGUAUUCAUUUAAACGCGCUGUGACCAGUAAUUGGAAAGCCGAGGAGUUGGAGAAGAUUAAAAAAGGCAUAGUGCGCUUAAUAUGCGGUGGUCUCUUCAAAGACAUUGAAGCCUUUAUUCUAUUGGUCUUGGCAUCAUCUGAUACACGUUUCAGUGUGGCUACACCGGCCAUAGCCGAGUUAAGUAAAGUGUGUACUGCGAUUGAUUUUUCUGAUCCACAAGUGACUGCGCCACUCUAUACACUAUUCUGUGGCAAUAAUAUUCAGGAUGUUGAACGUAAGACCACGCCCUGUUGUGCGCGUGUGCGACAAAAACUACUCCAGUAUUUGAUUAAGUGUCGGGGCAAAGGCAUAAAUACGCCUAAAGGUAUACAGGUGAUAUUCGAAGGUCUAUUUGGCGAGAAUACCAAUCAGAAGUGUAAAGUGUUGGCGCUGCAGUUUGCUGAGAAUCUGAUAAAAGACGGCCCAAUUGUUAUUGUUUCCAAAGUGGCAAAAGUACUACUUACCGGUCUCAUAAAAGUUGGUGGGCGCGAGUCGACCGAACCAUCUGAUGUGCACAAUGCAGCACUCUCGGCAUUGGCACAACUUGCACGUACCUGCCCAGAGGUUGUUAGUCAGGAUUUAAAAGUGGUAUUGACAUACUUCAAUCAUUUGGCUAACUCGCCAGCGGACAUACAAUCAUCCAUACGUGAUGCGUUAGUAGCUAUGGCACCGGCCUUCGCUUGGAAAUCAAAAACUGCAACGGACGACGAAGAUAAUCUGGAAGAGAAUGUACAGUUGAGUGGACAACAACAUUUGCUAUUAGCUAUGCUUUCGGAUAACGUCGAGUCGAAGCAGCAAAUCGUACAAAAUGCUACCAGUGUGUUUCUAACCACUUGCUAUCCUGAAUAUUAUGCACCAGCACGUCUGUUGCUGCUCUUAAUUGCAGGCGAGCGCAAUCACUUGCACGACACUGUCACCACCUAUUUGUAUGGUGUUUCUAAAAAGGAUCAUGUCGACUAUAACUUGAUUUACUCCGUGGAAUAUAUGGAAAAACCGAAAGACAAUUUUAACCAACUUUCAGCUGAACGCCGUCCAAUUGUGUUGCCCAGCUUCAAAUCAAUAAUGCAGAAUGUUAAACAAAUGGCUGACAGACGCUUGUCGAAGAAUUAUGGUUGUGUGACCAUUGGUAAUAUUAAAUUGGCAUUCAGCCUAACUGUCUACGAGGAGAUACUCGACUAUUUGCGUCUUUGUCUGUGGUACUCAGCCGGCGCGCGUUCAGCACCGGGUGAUGAAAAAGCAGCGUCCAAAUUGAAGGCUUAUAUUGCAGAAAAUUAUGAAAAUAGCGAACAAAAUGAAUUGCAUCAAUAUGUGCAGUUUGUAAAGCGUUCUGUCGAGGCGAAACGAAGCGAGGUGAAUUUGCUCUGUCUUUAUGAUUUAUUAAAUGUUGCACCCGAACUGCUUACCGAAUCGCAUAUGCAUCUACUCAUGCCUUUGGCUAAUUCCUUGAAAGAUGUCUCAGAAACAAUGCGUACCCAUGUGGCGCAGGUCUAUGGUAUUCUCUUGGCUUAUGGCUGCAAGGAUGAUGAAUUCGAUAUUCAGGUCAAUGAAUGCCUCAGAGAGCUGCCGCAAAAGUCAUUGGAGAAUAAACAUGGUUGGAUGCUGGUUUUAGGUCACGCCUUCUGUCGCAAACUUGCGCUCAAAUAUAAGUCUGCAGCAGCUAAGCAACUGAACGAAUGGGAUGUUUUCGUAAAUACUGUGAAAAUGAUAGUUAAAAUGAUGCACGAAUCACAAUGGUUACUUGUAGCCGCUGCCGUCAAGUGCAUAUCGAUGAUUGGCAAAAUGGCCAUAAUACCAAAUGUUGAAGUGGAGAUUCUUGUGCCAGUGGCCAGUGAUAAAAACAACGAUGACGAUGAUAUUGAAUUUGAGACUGCUACAGCCUCCACGAAGCUCUUGAUUUAUCACGACAUUUAUACUCUACUGCGUAACGUUUCUGUGCGCGCACGAGUACGUGAGGAUGCAGCGCGUUGCUUGGGCUACUUGGCCAUUGGUGAUGGCGAAUUCUUCACUCAACGUAAUUUGGAUAAAUUUUUAUCCAUUGUUAAGACGCAAAAGGACGUUGCUCUGAAUAUUGCCAUCUCGGAGGCUUUGGUCGCCACAUUGAAUGGUUAUGAUGUAAAUACCAGUGAUGAUUUCGCCACCAAACAUACAAAUAAUCCAUAUUGUAAUGAUGAAAUGUUCGAGAAGUUUAUGAUGUCUUUGGUGCGUUUGGUGCCAGAGCCAAAUGUGCACUCUAGACAGGCCACUUCAGUUUGGUUGCUAGCUUUGAUCAAGAACUGCAGUCAUCGCCAAGCUGUGCUCAAAAACAAAGAAUUACUUCAAUUUGCAUUCACUGAACUGCUCUCGGAUGAUAGCGAAUUUGUACAAGAUGUUGCUUCACGUGGCUUGGGACUGGUCUAUUCGUUAUCUGACGCCAACAGCCAAAACGAUUUAGCCAAUUCGCUUUUAGAUCAGCUGAUUGGUGGCAAGAGGCAAGUAAAUAAAGUCAGCGCAGAUACUGAGCUUUUCGCCGAAGGCAUGCUGGGCAAAACGCCUACUGGCGGCAACAUAACCACUUACAAAGAGCUUUGCUCACUCGCUUCCGAUCUCAAUCAACCCGAGAUGGUCUAUCAAUUCAUGCAGUUGGCCAAUCAUAAUGCCGCCUGGACAAGUAAAUUGGGUGCCGCGUUCGGUUUGAAAUCGAUUGGCGCCGACUCUAAAUCUAAAAUGCAACCAUACUUGGGCAAGAUUAUACCGCGUCUGUAUCGCUAUAAAUAUGAUCCGACGCCGAAAAUACAAAAUUCGAUGAUUUCCAUUUGGGAUUCGGUGGUCAGCGAUUCAAAAGAGGCAGUCGAAAAAUAUUAUUGGGAAAUUUUAAGAGAAAUUUUGACCAAUUUAACUUUCACCGAGUGGCGUGUGCGCAUUGCUUGCUGCUUGGCAGUGCGAGAUUUGCUCAAGCGUCCGAAUGGUUUACGUCUACGCAGCGACGAAAAGAAACUGGAUGCCAUAAGACAGAAUAAGAAUGCGAAUGAAGCAAGUAAGAGUGGCGUUAGCGCUAUGGAUGUGGAUGUGGAUGAAAUACCCGAGCCCGAGUUGCGUGAGCUUUGGGCGCAACUAUUUCGUGUCAUGGAUGAUAUACACGAGGGCACACGUUUGGCUGCACAAGGAUCCGUUAUGUUUUUGAGCAAACUUUGUGUUUCGGCGGCUUCCUCGGAUCACGGCAAAUCCGGACUGGCAGUAGCAUCUUCUAUUUUACCGCUAUUACUACAAACCGGUGUCACACACACUGUUGCUGAAAUACGUAAAGUGAGCAUUCGUACAAUUUCCGAAAUGAUUGACUCAUCGGGCUCUUUAAUUGCGCCGCAUCUGCCCAUGCUGAUACCAUGCCUGUUGAAAGCAACUGGCGAAGUGGAGAACUCUAAGCUGUCAUAUUUGGCAACUCGCCUGAGCGCCGACAAUGAAGCGCAAGAAGCUGUGGAUACAGUGCGCGCUGAGGCAGCCAAAUCACAUCAUACAGUGGAAUCGAUUUCUAAGUGCAUGCGCUACAUAGACUACAAAGUGCUCGAAGAGAUGACCCCGAGUGUCUUGGAGUUGAUCAAAACGAAUAUUAUAUUGGGCACUAAGAUAGCAUGCGCUCAUUUCGUCUGCUUGAUAAGCAUUCGGGUGGGCAAGGACAUGUCACCGCUUGUGGGGAAAUACCUUGCUGCUUGUUUUGUGGGCUUAAAAGACCACAAUGCCACUGUGCGCAAAUACUAUGCAAAUGCAGUGGGUCAUUUGGUGGGCAUAGCCAAGGAGAAGUCAAUUAAAAACUUAUUCGUUAAACUCGAUGAACUUUACAUGGAAAAUCCUUCAAAUCGCUCUGUUCCACUCACAAUUCAAGCGAUUAAUAAGCGCCACAAUGAGUUGUUAAAAGACUACCUGGACGAUGUUUUGCCACUUGUAUUCUUCGCCAAACACGAGGAGCCCGACGAUGAGAACAAAUCCAACAUUGAGUUGUGGAAAGAGAUGUGGAACGAAAUUAGCCCCGGCGAUGCCGGCAUACGUAUGAAUUUGCAUGUGAUAAUACCCAAAUUGGAGAAGUCGCUGGAAGAGGCUAGCUGGCUGCGUAAGGCACAAGCCGGCAAUGCCAUGCACACGAUUGCCAUGCGCCUGAGUGGCACAAUCGAUGAGGCUGAUCGUUUGCGUUUAAUCAAUUUGUUGCUCAGCGAAUUGCAGGGACGCACUUUCAAGGGCAAGGAGCGUCUGCUGCAGGCUUUGGCAGCGCUGUGCAAGGGACUCGAUCGCCGUCAUGAGAUUACUGCGCGCAUAGUGGAUGCGGCGAUGCGCGAGUGUCGCAAGGAAGAACCGCAAUAUCGCACUUUGGCGUUGCACGCUUUGGGUGAUAUAUUGGAGGAGUUGGAAGUGGACCGCUUUGAAGAGGUAUACAAUAUGAUUUGGUAUUUGCUCGAGGAGAAAGAAUUACGCAAAGAUGAAAACGAGGCGAUUGGUGAGAAGAGCUUAACCGCCGACGAACGCAACAAGCGCGCGACCAUUUUCAACAAAUUGAAGGAGACCGUAUGCGAAACGCUGGGCAAGUCGUGGCCCAAAAAUGGCGUUGAAACGCAAUACAAGUAUCAGCUGCAAUUUGUUGAGCGCUGCUUGUUAUGCUUGCGCAGCAGUACGCGUCCCGUGCAGGUCAGCCUGUUAGGUGCACUCUGUAAGUUCGUUGAGCGCUUAUGCGUUUUCGCAAGCGACAGCGUGCCGCCCACGCUGGAAGGCAACAAGGAGAAGAAGGUUAAAAUGGACAAUUGCGAGACCCGUGACACGAUUGUUGUGAAAAUCUGCAAUCAAGUGUUAUCAGCGGUGAUUUAUGCGUCAGCGCUACCUCAUACUGGGCUCAAAAAGGAAUCUCUCAACAUUGUAUUAGUGCUCAUUAAACGCUUAACCGAUGCCAAAGAUAUGAAAAAUCUAACGUUGGUGAAAACUGUAUUUGAAGAAAAUUUAGUAAAUUUCCAAAAGGACCCGACACCGGAGGUGCGCUGUCGUGUCAACGACAUCGAGGAGAAAUUUAGCAAAUUUUCUUUCAAGGACGACUGAAACUACAGGCGGACAUAAGAGGGCGCAUUUUAUUUUAAAGCUAUGUGGCGCUGCUAAAUAUGGCGUUGGCCGCUAAAAACACUUCUAUAAAUAUAUACAGAAAUGUAAUAACAAACAAUUAAAUCGAAUUGAAAAUGUUUUUUUCAUUAAUAAAAUGUUUCAAUCA